AUGCUGAGCAGACUGACCAGCGAGGAUCACCGUGGGACCCCUGGCGCUCCGGGAAGAGUGGUCACGUUGAUUGAAAGAUCCUUUUGGGAAACGCUCGACGACUCUCAACGUCAUACGGAAGGAGACGUCGUGUGGGGUGUCGCCUAUCAUAUCAUACCCUCGAAAGCGAAAGAGGUCCAGGAGUACCUGGAUAUUCGUGAAAUAAAUGGAUACAGUAUCCAAUACACUCCCUUUCACCCAGCGGACACUUCGCUUGCAGAUCUUCAUUGCCUGGUCUACAUUGGUAUGCCUGACAAUCCUCAAUUUUUGGGAGCUUUGCCGCCGCAUGAAAUUGCAGAAACGAUCAAUACCAGUAUUGGUCCAAGUGGGGAGAACAGAGAAUAUCUUCUCCAUCUCGAACAGGCCCUGAAGGAACUGAGUCCAGACAGCCACGAUGAACAUAUCACAGAUCUCGCCCGACGAGUUCGAGCUCUUAUUCCACCUUUUAGAGUUCCGCGCCGCCCAGUUGCGCUUGACAAUACCUUGCGAAAAGUCAACAGUACUGAGGAGCAAGAGGAGAUAGAGAAGGAAGUAUGA